AUGCUUGGUUUCUUCCAACACUUUAAGUUGGGUCUUCACUUUGAAGCAAUGCUCUUCUGGCUGACAUUAAUGAGGGAUUUACUUUCAAAGCCAAAGGCUGCCGUUUAUCCAAAUGGAGAGGGCCCAGCAGUUGGAGGUGUUAACGAAAAGAAAAAGAUUCUAAGUCUCAUUAAUGAUGAUAUCUCUAGCGCAAUCCUGGAUGUUCUUUUCAACGAAGGCUCAAGAAAGAAAAAGUCCCUCCUCGAACUGCUCCUUCUUUUGGGCCACUAG